AUGAAGUACCUUGCAGCUUAUUUACUUUUGACCAUCGGCGGUAAGUCCUCCCCUUCUGCCUCUGAUGUUGAAACUGUCCUCUCUACCGUUGGUAUUGAGAGUGAAUCCGCUCGUGUCGAAUCUUUGUUGAGCGAACUUCAAGGCAAGAACAUCGAGGAACUGAUUGCCUCUGGUAACGAGAAGCUCGCUACUGUUCCCUCUGGAGGUGCUGCUGCCCCUGCCGCCGCCGCCGCCGCUGGUGAUGCCGCUCCCGCUGCUGAGGAGGCCAAGAAGGAAGAAGCCAAGCAAGAGGAGGAGUCUGAUGAAGAUAUGGGUUUCGGUCUUUUCGACUAA